UUAUUUUUGUUUUAAAUAUAAUCUGAAUCUGAAAACUAUUGGUAUUUUAUGUUUUUUUUCUUUCUUAACAGUAAGUAUUAGUUUCUGGUUGAAAAUCAACCCGAAUCAGACAAAAAAGUUUGUAAUAAGUACUUCAAUUACGUUUUUUUAACCCAGAAUAUUAGUUUUUGGUUGAAAUUCAACUAAAUCCAAACACAAGUGUGGAAUAAGUUUUUAAAUUACGAUGUUUUAACCCAGACUGGUUACUUUUUGGUUGACAACUAACCACAUAGGAACCUUAGUUUUACAAUAUCGAUAAUUUUACCAGUCCACAACUGAACACAUUAUUUUAACUGCGAUUGAACUAAACUCAAACCCCAGACGCACACGCACACUCUCAUAUUGGCUGUAAACUCUCUCUCUCUCUCUCGUUCACAUAUCGGAUUUCUCAAAUAUUUCUGUUCAUCAGUUCAGUCUUCUUUAUCUUUUAUCUUUGGUGGACCGGAGUUGUUAAUGACACGCGUGCGCUUUAAAUUUUAUUUUUAAAAAUCUAUAAUUUAAGUAAGUUCGGUGCAAAAAUUAAGUGUUUUAAACUUUAAGUUCAUAAGGUUCAUUGCUAAAACGAUGUUUUGUGUUGUUGAAACAAUUGAGGAUGGGGCGAAGCUCGUUACAGCUGUGCCAAAAACUUGGGUGCAUGAUGAGUGCACAUUGUUAUGGCCUCCAACUCGGAAAGAAUCUGUCCUUGGCCGGAAAAAUUGUACGGACCCGCAACCACAAUGGCAGAGAAUGGCCUGUAGAAUAAUUUUCGAUGAUAUUGAUUCUUGGGAACAGGCCAUGAGGAAGGAAAAAGAAGCCGAGUGUUUGUCUUCCGAUGAAAACACGGAGCAAGUCGACAAACUUCCCUCCUUGUUUGCGGAGUAUAAUAAUUUAAUGUCGACGAUGCUAGCAGACUCAGGAAAUCAAUCUUUCCACCCCUCAGAUGACACCCUAGAAGCAGAUGUUUCAUGCACACCAUCUCCUCCCUGUCAAAUCAAGGAUCGUCCUCAAAUUUUGAGUGUAAUUGAAGUUCCUGCAUCUCCUGUUUUAGCUCCAGGGGCAUUUGAACAAACACAGGUCCAGCUUUUAAGUGAAGUUAAAAAACUGGCAGGUGAGGUGGAAGCCAUAAAGUUACUGCUGCAGCAGUUUAUGGCAAAAACUGAAGUCUCCCUCACCUGUAUAGUGGAGAAAAUUUGCCAAAAUUUCGGCCGAGAAAUUGUGGCUGAUCACCUCUUGAAGGAAUUGUCACCUCUCGCAACACCACAGGAGCUGGAUGAGAUGGAGCAAAGGCUAAGGCAGGACCUUCAAUUUAAAAGAAAUUUGAUUCUUAAGUUGUCUACAUUCGGGGGGGUGAAUGCUGUCAAAACACUAAGAACAAUAGCAAAGUUAUUGUUUAAGGAUGAGCUGCUAUCACUGUUCACGUGGAAUGGAACAUACAAUAAAAAAUGUUUCCACCACAACCAUUCCAUUUUUUCGGCCAUUGUGGAGGCGGUGAGGGUUCGAUUCCCCAAUUUUACGGAUGUGGAGGGCGCCAUAUUUUUUAAAAAUUAUAUUAAACAUGCACCUUUUCGCAUGAGCAAGCCCCAACUCAAUAAAUCAGCUUCAUCAUUAUCGGCAGCUGCAUCAUCAUCACCAUCAUCAGCAUCACCAUCAUCAGUAUCACCAUCAACAGCUCCACCACCAUCUACACCACCAACAACAACUAUAAACAAAAACUAAGAUAAAUUCUUAUUUUAUUCUUAUUCUUUUUUUAUAUCUACACUACAUACAUAUUUU